AUGAUGCAAACUCACCUCCACGGAUUCCUCCACUAUUCCCAGAUCCCUCAGCCGGAGGAUCCAACAAUCUUCUGCCCGUUGAUCUGGGAUCUCCGCGAAGCACCUGCGUCCUCCGCUCGGCUUGCAGCUCGACCUGAAUCGCCGUUAACCACACGCGAGCUCAACUCUCCCGCGACGCAACCCUCAGUAACAUCUCUCGCCAUCACCUGCGAUCUUCUACUGGCCUCAUGGACGAUAGAAGCUCGUAACUCGCUUUUCGUGACCAUCAGCGACGUUCUCCGGGCUGUCUACGUCGCACUUCACGUCCCCAUUAAGACUUCCGAAUGGGAUACCCUAUCCAGAAAACAGCAGGAUAGGAUUCAUGAAGCAUUUCAGCGCCGUUGCAGGCUUGCAAUCGACCCCGCCCAGUGCGAAGCCGCUGGCGUGAUGCGCAUUGAUUAUUUGGGCCAUCACACCCUAUUCGGCGGUCUUUCGCCCUCGUUGGAGACAGACAAUACGUGUAUUUUGAGUUUGAGGCGACUUCCUCGGUCGCCUUGA